UGGUGCAAUUAGCGGGAAAUGAGUUACUAGAACAACAGAGAUCAAGAAUUCAUCUCAGACCAGGAGACGAUGAGGACGAUGCAGAGAAGAGCUUCUUCCGCCAUAAUUGUUACCAUUGCUCAGUCUCAGGAAGCAGCGGCUUCAUUAGGUACUACUGCUCCUGCUAGUUGUACUACUCUUGCUUCAUUUCUCUCUGCAGUCGCAAACCCUAUACCCCAAUUAACUUUUUACUCUGCUAGUAGUAGUAAAAUUAGGUCGUCUUCUGGAAAAGCUCUAAAAUUUCAAUCUGGUUUGAGGAAUGAUAUUAGUAAUAUCAACAGUCUUGAUGAUGCUCUGAGCUUGUACAAGCAGAUGGUCCGAAUGAGGCCUCUGCCUUCUGUUAUUGAUUUCACUCAACUGCUGGACCGUAUUGUUAAGAUGAAUAAGCAUUAUUGUUCCGUUAUUCACCUGUUUAGGGACAUGUGCGUCAAGGGCAUUCCAGUUAAUGAGUACACUCUCAAUGUUGUGAUUAAUUGUUACUGCCUCGUGGGUCGAGUGGAUUUGGGGUUUUCCAUAUUGGGUGGCUUCUUCAAACGUGGUCUUGUGCCCAAUGUAGCCAGCUUUAGCACUUUACUUAAGGGACUUUUUCGAGAGCAUAAGGUUCCUCAGGCACAAGAAUUGUUCAAAAAAAUAAUAUACAACAAAGUUUGCGAGCCCAAUGAAGUUAUGUUUGGAAUUGUAAUAGAUGGCCUGUGUAAGGUGGGAAACACUCAAACUGCCAUCGACUUCCUCAGAUCAAUGGAAAAAGGACGAAGAUCUUGUAAACCUAAUACAGUUGUGUACAACACUAUCAUUGACAGCUUGUGCAAGGAUAAAAUGGUUGAUGAAGCUCUUGCACUCUUCCGGGAGAUGAUUGAAAAGAGCUUACCUGCGGAUGUUGUCAGUUAUAAUUGUUUGAUUCAGGGUCUCUGCAGCUUAAGCAGAUGGAAGGAGGUCAAAGAGCUCUUCUCUGAGAUGAAGGAUUAUAAAAUUGUUCCGGAUGUCUUUACUUUUAAUAUAGUGGUGGAUGCACUGUGCAAGGAAGGACAGGCAGAAGAUGCUGAAGAGGUAGUCAGCAUCAUGAUUCAGCAAGGUCAGACUCCCAAUCUGGUCACAUACAGUUCCUUAAUGGAUGGAUACUGUUUACAUUGCCGAAUAGAUGAAGCAGGGAGAAUCUUUAAUACCAUGGUUACUAGUGGCCUUACUCCUGAUCUCCAUAGCUAUGCUAUUCUGAUAAAUGCCUAUUUCAAGAACAAGGAAGUGGAAGAAGCCAUGAAUCUCUUUCGAGAACUUCAACACAAAGGUUUAACACCUAAUAUUGUUGUUUAUACCACUGUCCUGCAGGGGUUAUUUAGUGCAGGAAGGUAUCUCAGUGCAAGAGAAGUUUUUGAUGAGAUGCAAGCUGCUGGCCUAAAUCCUGAUUUUCACACUUACUGCGUCAUGUUGGAUGGGUUGUGCAAGACUGGAAAUGUCGAUGAAGCUUUGCAGUUAUUCCAUUCAAUGGAAGUUGAUGGAGUAGAUCUUCAUGUACAAAUGUACGGUAUCAUCCUUAAUGGGUUGUGCAAAAGUAGAAGGCUCGAUAGUGCUCGAGAUCUUUUCAACAGUCUCUGCCUUAAAGGAUUGGAUCCUGAUGUCAGAACAUACACCAUCAUGAUUGCUGGCUUGCUUUCAGAAGGUCUGCUCAUCGAAGCCAAAGAGCUUGUUGAAAAAAUGGAAGAGAAGGGUUGCUUGGCAGAUGGUGCUACAUACAAUGUUAUUCUGCAAGGACUCCUCAAGGGAGGUCAUUAUGACGAUGCAAUGGUCUGUUAUGAAGAAAUGGUUCAUAGAGGAUUCUCACUGGAUGCAUCUACUUUUUCCAUUUUACUUGAUUCAUCUGCUAAAAAUCAGAACGCUAAAAAUCAGAACAAUCCUUCAUUACUAAUGUUGAUGCUGAAGAUUGAUCCCGAUAGCAAGAAGUUCAUGGAUGGAGGACAAAGAGGACCUUCACAUUAGUUGCAACAUGUUGGUCCUGCUGUUUUUUGGCCUUGAGCAAACAUUAAUUAGGUUUGCAUUUGAUCCUGUUAUUAGUUAUCAUCUUUGUUGCAACUGAGCCUUAGUGGAGCUCUCUUGGUGAUAGUUUGUGAAACACCUCAGAGAUCAUCAGUCUGGUGGAGAAGCCGCAUUCCUUAGGGAAGUUCAAUUGUUUGGUGUGGCAAUCCACAGAAUUUGGUGCAAUUAAGUGGAUUUGUACUACUUCUUUUCAAGACUUCUUGUUUGUCUUUUCAUGGAGAACCUCAAUGUGGCAUAUCACUUAAGUGGAGAGGGGUGGAAUUUGUAUUGCAGAGUGUGAAGAUUUGACAUCAGCUCAGACUGGAUAGAAACAAUUAAUCAGGGUUUUGAUACUGCAUGCACUAGUUUGCAAUGGCGACAUGUGUUGCAAAGAGAAUGACCGUAGCAGGUUUUCGGGUGCUGUUAAGAAGAAGAAGUCUUCUUGCUCAUGUUUUUGUCCUAUGGUGGGGAUUUCAAUAAUGCUUUCUGGUACUAUUGGUCGCUGGGGUGGAAAUGAGAGAUAUUUGUUGCUUGUGCCUGUUUUUAUUGGGCUUGAUUUGCAAUGAUAACAAUGACCUUUCAGUGAUUGUAAAUAUUUAUUUGUGCCUACGGCACAUGUCCUGGAGUACCUGCUUGAGCAUUGCAAUCUGAAAAUCGUUCACUGAGAUUUGAAGGCUGGAAACAUCCAUCUGGAUGAUGACAUUGCAGCUUUCUUAGUGGUUACAAAACUACCACAUCACAACUCAAAUCCGGGGAACCAUGGGACACAUUGCCCCUGAAUAACUGUAAAGCCUUUGGAGAUGACAGAUGUAUUUGGUGUGACUCUUGCACAACUUGUAACCUGUCAGUCUGCAAUAAAUUUCUGCUUGAAGAGGACGAGGACGUACUAUUGCUAGAUAAGGCGAGUAAUCCCAUUCUUUCUUGAAAUCCAGACAGACUCGUUCUGCAAUAUGGCUAUAACUCAGGGUUUUGUAUUCCUGUUAUAGUCUUCUGCACAUUAUGAAACAGGUAAGUGCCUUGAUUCAGUGGUGUUGGAAUAUUUAAACUUGCUUAAUUGAUCUAUUUAUUUAGCUUUGUGUCGAAGUUUUACACUAUUUUUCUUGUGUCAAAGUGUUGUCGGUACACUUGUGCAAUUGCAAACUAAUCUGUCUUAGGCAGACUUCGUUUCCUCCUUAAUUUGUUAAUAGGUCCAUUUCUUGAGUUGGUUGUCUCUAGCUUCAAUUCUAAUUAGAAGUUUCUUGUGGUGUCUGUGUCAGUUAUCUUGCAUCCAAACUCUUUCAGACUUACUGCUUUUAUCUGCUACUAUGGCUGCUACGAUUUUGUUCAAGAAGAGAGUAUACAAGAGAGAACCUCCAUGUGCAAGCACUGAAUUGCAUUUCAAGGAAACACCGAUCUAGAUGAACUUUCGUUUAACAUCCAAUCCAAUGCCAACUUUAAUUUAAAAGAGCUUUACCCUGCCAUCAAUUCAAUUGUGAUGCUAGACCAAACCAUUUGGAAAUUAAAUUCAAGUUUAGUUGGAUGUUGAACCAAGUUCAUCUGAAUCGGAGCAAGAAUGGAUAUGCAAUGCCUUUUUGGAGAACUUGAGCUGUCCUAUGAUUUAUCUUCAAUAGUGCCACCAACACCACCACCACCUCCUCCACAAUAAUGUUCUGCUUGAUUGGAUUUUCUCAAAAGUGCAACUUGAUUUUUUAUUUUUGCUGUAUGCUGCCUUAUGUAUAUUUCAUGCAGUAGCCUGAACUUAGUAUUUUUUUCUCUUGUUAUAUGCUGUUUCUUCCUUUCAGCAUUUAGUUCUCCAAAAGGAUCACCUUUCACAACCUUUUGGAUUCUCGUCAUUUGUGGCUGUAGCUCUAGAGUGUAUCAAGUACUCCACCAUUUAGUAGUUUGUUUCUUUGGCAAUUAUGAGUUCUGGAAUUUUUUUGGUAUAUAUCUUCUACUUCGAGGAAUAAACAUCUUCUGCAAAUAAAUUGGCACUCCUUGCCACCAAACCAAAAAAACUUGUUGGUCUGCCUGUUGGUCAGUACAUCCUGGAUGUGUUCUGGUUUUGCCUCCUACAUAUAACAGAAGAAUCAUUGAAUGUUUAGCAUUGCACAAUCUUAUGAAUUGCUUUUUGCACUGCAGUACUACUUUCUGAGUUCUUGUGAAAUUGACAAAAGCUAAGUUAUUGGUAUAUGAUUUGUGUCCUUUACAAAUAUUAUGCCAGCUUAGCUCCAAAAAAGUCCAUAGAAGAAUUCUUUUCCACAGAACUCGUUAAACUUCACACUAGCAUAAAGCAAACUCUCAUGAUUAUGUCUUUAGCUUUAAGGUCAUUUUAUCCCUCGUUCGAAUUGAUGGGAAGCUUUGUCAGGCAUUUUCAUCAAUUUGUCAUCUAUUGGAUAGACAACUAGCUAAGACUUAUUGUGAAUUACAAGAUGUGGUAGAAAGAGAUCAGAAUCAUAGCAUUAGAAAAAUUGAUGAAAGUAUUCAGGGCAAAAAAGUUUGUUGAGGGACUUUCCUUGUCUCUAUUCCUGAUAUAGAUGGUCUCAGUUGAUGCUAAGUAAACUCCUUGCUGUGUCGGACAAAUAGAUGUGUUUAAAUUGGUCAAUAAGUUACUCUUAUGGUUGGAUUCUGUCCUUGCAUACUAUUUGUUUCUAUGUAAAUUUGCGUAUUUGCGGAGUGUGUGAAAUUGGCCAGGGAUGAUGUUAAGUAUCCAUGGACUUGUGAUCAAUCUCCAGAGCAAGAAGUUGCUGAAAGAGAAAAGGCUCGAGGACACCGUGGACAAAAUCUUGCAUGCUUUUGAUGCCAAAGAUAUUGAGACAAUCUUUUAGGUUGUCUUGCUUUGCACCCAAAGCUAUCCAGAACGCAGUCAAAAAAGGCAGAAUUUAUAAGGACGCACCAAGGAGUGGGAUUAUCUGUGGCAUCGGUAGGGUUGGAGCAGCUUGAAGAAGAAAGAUAUCGGGAAGUCUCCCUCGUGUCCUAGCAGUUUUGUUUGGGCUGAUGAAUCUGCACAAGAUCAAAAAACUAUUCAAUUUUCGCAGGCAAGAUAGGUCCUUUGGAGCGCAAUUUGCAUGCGAGAUCAUCAGUGGCCUGUAUACCAAGUUAAUGAAAAACCUCUGUAAUUCUCACCCAUUCAACUACUAUUUCAUAAGUAAACUACCCAGGGCUUGGAGCUGGAAUUUUGUAUGACUCUGUCUAAUUCAACAAGGCUGUAUUGUGCAUAAGAUAUAGGUAUUUUUUUAAAGCAGGAGUUCAGGACUUCGGUCCUAUAGCUCAAGACUAAUAUAUGUAUUAUGUGAAAUUUUGGUGGAAUUUUCCCCUAUACGUUAACAAGUUUGGACAUUAAUUAUC